UUAAGUCAGGUUCUACUGACUGACAAUCGUUGUUACCAAAACCACAGCGAUAGAGAAAUACGAUUCAAACGGACUCGUAUGCUUCUAGUGGCUACAUCUGCAUCCCAAAAGAAACAUGCUUGUUAUUUUAGUAGUAUUAUUCAGCAUGAUUAUUUGUUCGUCUGCUGAAAAUAGUUGUGGUGAAAGACGUUUCAGAAUGUCUCCGUUGCAUCAAAACCUGAAACCUAAAGCAGUUCCCACAAAGGAAUUAAACUAUUCCAACUUGGUAGAAUGCUCCAAUAAAUGCGACGCCAGCUGUGAGGGAUUUUUCUUCAAUUCUGAAAAAAACAGCGUGUGUUCUAUGUACAACCAAAGAUUUGUUUCAAUGGCGUUUGAGCAAAAUAAUGGAACACAGGCGUACGAUGCUGUUAACCAUCUCCCCUCUGACUGCUUUGACGUCAUGAUGAAUGGCGAGGACACCAGUGGAGUUAAGAGAAUUUAUCCACUUGAUACCGGUGAAACUAUCAACGUCUGGUGUGAAAUAUCCACCGAAGAAGGUUGGCUAGUCAUCCAGCGACGGACGGACGGAUCUGAAGAUUUCUUCAGAACCUGGAAUGAAUACAAAAUCGGAUUUGGAGACUUGAACAAUGAGUUUUGGUUAGGAAACACAAACAUCCAUCGUUUUACCAGCCAGGGUUACUAUGAUCUGAGAAUUGACUUGGAAGACUUCGACGGUAACACCAGGUACGCUAUGUACAAGAACUUCUCCGUGGCUUCAGAGCAGGACUAUUUCAGACUGAGUGUUGGAGCAUACAGCGGGGAUGCAGGUGACAGUUUUAGUGGCCACAGUGGGUACAACUUCACGACAACAGACAAGGAUCUGGACACAGACGGCAGCAGCAACUGCGCGGAAAGGUUCAAAGGCGCCUGGUGGUACAACAAAUGUUACAGUUCAAACCUGAACGGCCUCUAUCUGAGUUCAUUCCCGAGCCCUGUUUCAAAGGGACUGAUCUGGAGGGCUUGGCAUGGUCUGCAAUAUUCUCUAAAGAGGACAACGAUGAAGAUUAGACCAAUGGAAUUCUAAAAUAACCGUGGAGACUAGACAUUGUUCUCUAAAGAGGUCAGUGAUGAAGAUUGGACCAAUGGAAUUCUAAAAUAACCGUGGAGACUAGACAUUGUUCUCUAAAGAGGUCAGUGAUGAAGAUUAGACCAAUGGCAUUCUCAAAUAACCGUGGAGACUAGACAUUAUACUCUAAAUAAAUAGUUCAGUGAUGAAGAUUAAGACUAAUGGAAUCAUAACAUAACUGUGGAGACUAUACAUUAUACUUUAAAGAGGUCAGUGAUGGCGAUCAGACCAAUGACAUUCUAAAAUAACCGAGGAGACUAGACAUUGUUCUCUAAAGAGGACAACGAUGAAGAUAAGAUUAAUGAAAUUCUAAAAUUGAUGUGGAGACUAGAUCACACAAUUGUAAAAUAAUAGUUCUCAAGAUUAGAGUCACGGUGUUGAAAAUGACCAUUAGGCUGCUUAGAGCAAUGCAAUUCUGAGACAACCGAUAUGAAAUCAAGGCUUGCACAAACGAGAAACUAUGAAAUAAUAGACCUAUGAUACGCUUAAAUAACUGUUUAUCUGAUUUAACCAAUGUGAUUCUAAAAUAACCGUUAAUAUAGAGAUUAGACCCUUGGCAUUCAGAAAUACACGUUAUGAAAAUAAGAUCCAGCAAAUUGUCAAUUAUUCCUUAUGAAGAUUACACCCAAGAACUUAAAAAUAACCAUUACGAAGAUUUGACUAACACAAUUCUAAAACAACUGUUAUGAACAUUAAACACAUAACAUUCUGAAUUAACCAUUAUGUACAAUAGACACACGCUAUUAUAAAUUCACUGUUAUGAACAUUAGAUCCAUAAAACUCUAAAAUAACCACAAUGAACAUUGGACCCACACAAUACUAUAAUAGCCGUUAUGAACAUUAGAUCCAAAACACUCUAAAAUAACCACACUGAAUAUUAGACCCACAGAAUACUAUAAUAGCCGUUAUGAACAUUAGACACACGAUAUUAUAAAUUCACUGUUAUAAACAUUAGAUCUAAAACACUCUAAAAUAACCACAAUGAACAUUGGACCCACUCAAUACUAUAAUAACCAUUAUGUACAAUAGACACACGAUAUUAUAAAUUCAUUGUUAUAAACAUUAGAUCCAAAACACUCUAAAAUAACCACAGUGAACAUUGGACCCACACAAUACUAUAAUAGCCGUUAUGAACAUUAGAUCCAAAACACUCUAAAAUAACUACACUGAAUAUUAGACCCACAGAAUACUAUAAUAGCCGUUAUGAACAUCAGACACACAGACUUUUAUGAUAACCAGUUUGAGCAUUAUAACCAUUAUGAAUAUUAGGCCCACGAAGAAGACAAGAAACAAGAAAUUCAAACGAUUAGAACAUCCACGAAGACCAGAAAGAAGUACCGGAAAAAAUGAAUUUCUGAAGAUUAAAACAACGAAAUUCCAAAACAUAUGGCUAAUGCAGUUUUAACACUAUACAAUAGUUUGUGAAAGACGUAUGUUCAAUAUUAAAUUUGCUUUCUUUAACGACACUACUAGAGCACAUUCAUUUAUUAAUCAUCGGCUAUUUGAUGUCAAACAUUCUGUAAUUCUGACAUAUAGUCAUAGAGAGGAAACCCGCUACGUUUUUCCGUCAGUAGCAAUGGAGUUGUUAUAUUAUGCACCAUUCCAUAGACAGGAUAGCACAUAACACAAUAUUAAAUACACAAAUGGAUUCCUUUUCGACGACAUCAAAUUCCAGUGGCUUUUGCUGGUGUUGAAGUUUUCUAAAUAUAUGCUCCUUCAACUUGUUUAAAGAGAUGUAUUUUCAACUUUUCUAAAGAGAUGUAUUUUCAACUUUUCUAAAGAGAUGUAUUUUCAACUUUUCUAAAGAGAUGCAUUUUCAACUUUUCUAAAGAGAUGUAUUUUCAACUUUUCUAAAGAGAUGUAUUUUCAACUUUUCUAAAGAGAUGUAUUUUCAACUUUUCUAAAGAGAUGCACCUUAAACUUUUAUGACUUACUUGCAAUUUAGACAUGGUGACAAAAGGCAUAGCAAUUAUUGUUGAAUAUAUCGCUUACUAUUAUUAUGGGUUUAUUAUUAUGAUUAUUAUUAUUAUUAUUAUAUUGUUGUUUUGCGAUACAUGUUGAAAUAUGGUUUUCUUCCAAUACUUAAUACGACGACAUUUAGGUGAACGUUUUAAAGACUUUGCCCCAGCGUAUUUACUGUAUAAAAAUAAAAACAAAGUCGGGGUAAAUGUAAAUGUUGGAAACAAGUAGAGCGAUCGACACGAUGUUUACCAUGUAAAUUGUACAGUUAAUACUGGAGGGGCAGUAAACAAGUAGAGCGACCGACACGAUGUUUACCAUGUAAAUUGUACAGUUAAUACUGCAGGGGCAGUAAACAAGUAGAGCGACCGACACGAUGUUUACCAUGUAAAUUGUACAGUUAAUACUGGAGGGGCAGUAAACAAGUAGAGCGACCGACACGAUGUUUACCAUGUAAAUUGUACAGUUAAUACUGGAGGGGCAGUAAACAAGUAGAGCGACCGACACGAUGUUUACCAUGUAAAUUGUACAGUUAAUACUGCAGGGGCAGUAAACAAGUAGAGCGACCGACACGAUGUUUACCAUGUAAAUUGUACAGUUAAUACUGGAGGGGCAGUAAACAAGUAGAGCGACCGACACGAUGUUUACCAUGUAAAUUGUACAGUUAAUACUGGAGGGGCAGUAAACAAGUAGAGCGACCGACACGAUGUUUACCAUGUAAAUUGUACAGUUAAUACUGGAGGGGCAGUACACAAGUAGAGCGACCGACACGAUGUUUACCAUGUAAAUUGUACAGUUAAUACUGCAGGGGCAGUAAACAAGUAGAGCGACCGACACGAUGUUUACCAUGUAAAUUGUACAGUUAAUACUGGAGGGGCAGUAAACAAGUAGAGCGACCGACACGAUGUUUACCAUGUAAAUUGUACAGUUAAUACUGGAGGGGCAGUAAACAAGUAGAGCGACCGACACGAUGUUUACCAUGUAAAUUGUACAGUUAAUACUGGAGGGGCAGUAAACAAGUAGAGCGACCGACACGAUGUUUACCAUGUAAAUUGUAAAGUUAAUACUGGCGGGGCAGUAAAGUACACAUGGAUGCUAUAUAAUAGUGGAUUCUAAACCCGUUCGGGGCAGCUGCUGCCCCACGAUAUGUAUACGGUCAUUUAUUAUUUUCUUUGUGAAGUAUAUCCGAUCACGUGUAUUGUCAAGCCAAAUUUCGUAGCGCGAUUGAUUAAAAUAACCGAUUGCUCAUCAUUGGCCUCGGGGAUGUAGUGGUUAAGCCACUGUCGAAUAUAAGGCUGGUAGGCACUGCGUUCGUAUCUCGGUACCGGCUUCCACCCAGAGCAAGAUUUAAUUGCUCGGUGUGUAGGUAUAAAACCACUACACAAAGUUAUCUCUCACUAACAACUAACAACUAGCCAUAAAAUCUCUGUCCUGGACAGUCAGCCCAGAUAGCUGAGGUGUGUGCCUAAGAAAGCGUGCAUGAACCUUAAUUGGAUAUAAGCACGAAAAUAAGUGUAAAUGAAUUAAAUGUUUGCUCAUCACUUUUGAAAUUCGGUGUUAGUCACAAUGACUAAAAGUAAUGUUUAGAGUGUAAAAGUUACAAAUUGUGUUGUUUAACGACACCAGAGAACAUUCAUUUAUUAAUCAUCGGCUAUUGGACAUCAAACAUUUCGCAAUUCUGACAUAUAGUCUUACAAAGGAAACCUGCAAUAUGUUUUCCAUUAGUA